CAAUGCUGCAGGGUCUUGCAGACAGCCGAGUUCUACCUUCCGCUCCACUGCUGAGCAAGAGUGCAGCAGGGAGAGGGCAGGGACUCACUGAAAGCUAGACACCAAGUCAGUGGCAGACCUGGGACUGGGAAGUCCGUUCGAGUUUGAAACAAUAAAUACUGGGCGUCAGUCCCAACGCACGCCUGCUCCAGGUCUUCCAGCUCUUUUGGAGCGCUAGGCCCAUCUGGCCCCGCGCUGAUCUCCGGGUGGACUCAGUCGAGCAACUGGCACAACCAUGACGACAGCCUUGCAGCAAGGUGCGGGCGGCCUUUUCCUCUGCCAGGGUUAAGACUUAAGACAGAACUAUCUCUGUUUCUGGCUCCACUGCCGGUGAAGGAGUUUUCAUUCAAGACUUUCCGAGGAGAGGUGGAGAAACCUAGACUCAGGAGAAGAGGUCCUUUGAGCCAGAUGGGGCAUUAGUUCGUCUGCUUUUCUCAGCAUGAAUAGAUCCUUUCCUCAAGGAUUUUCUGAUGUGCCCUAAGGUCCAUGUAACUAUAAGGGCUCUUUAUCACCGUAAGUGCCGCCCUGACGCAAAGCCACUCAGAACUCAAGAAUCAAGGCAAAAUGGAUGCUGCAGUGACAGAUGAUUUCCAACAAAUUCUGCCUAUUGAACAGCUGCGCUCUACUCAUGCUAGCAAUGAUUAUGUGGAACGGCCUCCAGCACCCUGUAAACAGGCCCUCUCCAGCCCUUCCCUUAUCGUGCAAACCCACAAAUCUGAUUGGUCCCUGGCUACCAUGCCUACUGCUCUCCCCCGCAGUCUCAGCCAGUGCCAUCAAUUGCAGCCCUUGCCUCAGCAUCUGAGCCAAUCUAGCAUUGCCAGCUCAAUGUCCCAUAGCACCACUGCCUCUGAUCAAAGGCUCCUGGCCAGCAUCACGCCCUCACCUUCAGGCCAGUCCAUCAUCCGAACCCAGCCUGGAGCAGGAGCCCACCCAAAGGCUGAUGGUGCUCUGAAGGGAGAAGCUGAGCAAGCUGCAGUGCACCCCAGUGAGCACCUCUUCAUCUGCGAGGAGUGUGGGCGCUGCAAAUGUGUCCUCUGCACAGCAGCUCGCCCUCUCCCCUCCUGCUGGCUGUGCAACCAGCGUUGCCUUUGCUCUGCUGAGAGCCUCCUCGAUUAUGGCACUUGUCUCUGCUGCGUGAAGGGCCUCUUCUACCACUGCUCCACGGAUGACGAAGACAACUGCGCCGAUGAGCCCUGCUCCUGCGGGCCUAGCUCUUGCUUUGUCCGCUGGGCAGCCAUGAGCCUCAUCUCCCUCUUCUUACCCUGCCUGUGCUGCUACCUGCCCACCCGUGGAUGCCUCCAUCUGUGCCAGCAGGGCUAUGAUGGCCUCAAGCGACCAGGCUGCCGCUGUAAGAGGCACACCAACACUGUGUGCAGAAAGAUCUCUUCUGGUAGUGCGCCCUUCCCCAAGGCCCAGGAGAAGUCCGUAUGACCUUCCCGCAAAAUGGAUCCAGAGCUGUCUCCUUCCAGCCCCCAUCAGUAAAGCGUAGGCCUCAUCUUGGAAGAGGGGAAGGAGGAGUAAAGCAGCCAAAGUUAGGGCUUCACCAAUUUAGUUCCUGCAGUGUCAGGGGGGUGGCCGAGGACAUCCUGGCGCAGGAUGCCUUGUUCUUUCUCACACUAUCUAUCCCACUCCUCUUCAGCCUUUUUACACCCCGCCUUCUCAGCCCUUACGGCUGUCCUGGCAAAUUCAGGUGAUACACAGGCAUGAGAUUUGAACACUGAGGGCUGACAGAGCCAGCAACGUGGAGGUUUAGGGGCUCCCCAAUGUCAGGCCUCUCGAUGCAGGCUCUGGGCAUCACUCUGCUUUCCACGGUGCCUUUGGAAGCUUUCUUCUGAGAUGGUUUUCACAGGUCCAUGUGGAAAAACAGUCACUAUUCCAGGGAAUCUCACCCUUCCUCCUGUUUACUGCCCUUCUCUUCUUUCAUCUUCCCUCUUUCUCCUUCUCUCCUCUUCUUUCAUUACUUUCUUCAGGACUCAUGUCCCCUCCAUUUUCACCCUUUCCACUUUUACUUUUCCGCUCCUCUGUCUCUCUGUCUCUCUCUCUCUCUCUCUCUCUCUCUCUCUCUCUCCCUGUCUCUCUUUCUCUAACACGUCCAAAAGUGCUGUUUUUCUGUAGGUGUUUCUUUUGACGCCCAACUUUGCUAUGCUAUACUAUUUACUAAUGUUUAUUAAGGGAAAUGGAUUCCUGUAAUGAACUGAUCACUAGCAAUAGCCUAUAUCCUGAUGUGUGUGUGCGCGCUCAUAACCACACUUACCUGUUUGUGAGCAUAUGAGGCAAAGUUAUCUCACAUUUCCAGGUUUCAUGAGUUGGAGUUGUACUCCCUUUCCCAAUAAUCAACUUAUAGUACUGACAGAUUCCACUAGCAUGCUGAGUAGGGUAGUAAAUCAGGAUGCUCAUAACUUUGUAUGUCUGACCCAAGUGCCAAAGGCAGACGUGCUUUAUAGCUAAAUGAACAAAGCAAAGGAUAUUACAGAGGUCCGUUCUCUCUUAGAAGCUAACUGCCCUGAGACUGCAUGGCUCAGGCCUUAAUAAUGGACACAAAAAGUCAUAAAACUUUAGAGCUGGAAGGAAUCUUAACUGUUAAUCUAGUUCAAUGCCCUUAUUUUACAGAUGGAAAAACUGAGACCUGGAGAUAGGAAGGGAUUUGCUCAAGCCACACACAGAGUUUAUAGCAGAGUUGGGACUGGAAUACAGGCCUUCUGACACAGUUCGAUACUCUCUACCCUGCAUCACAUUAAGUCAUGGGACUUUUCUCCUAGGACUCUACUAACAACGACAGAAAGCCAUUCUCAUUCGAUGUUCAGGAACCAUGCCGAGUUAGCGUGGUGGUCUUUAAGCAGUGCAUGGCGGGUAGCUAAUUAACUAUCAGGUGUCAAGGCUCCUCCCGCAGUGGACAUCACCUUUGGCUGUGUCGCCUUGUAGAAGCUCGUGUGGAAAAGAAAAGCUUAAGAACGCCCUAACCAAGCUGUAUCUUCGCCAUUGCACCUACCUUUUGCUGCACACACUGUGCUCGCUCCUGGCUUUGUCUGCAAGGGCAGUUGCCUGGAAACCCAAAUUUCAGCAACAGUGGAAAACUGAAACGAAAGAUGUAUAAUGCAGAGAACUGACUUAUCUUUUUAAAAAUAUCAAGAGCCUGUGCUGUGAAUACCCUUCACUGGGAAAAGGCUGCAGUGGUGGUGGCAGGCCCUUAAAGACUGCUACUAAAAGACACAGGAAUUAGAUUUGGUUUCCCUACGUAAGUGAGUCCAAAAUUCACUGCAGAAUCCAGAGAUUGAGGGCACUUGCUUGAAACCAAGGUGCUCCAACUUAGUUUAAGACUUCCAGACUCUAACUUUAUAUAUCAUCUCUUUGAAAGUGUGCAUGGAUGUGUAUUGCAGGGUGGAAAGGUGGGGAGAAAUGUAGAGUCAUACACGGGGAAGAAGAAGAAGGGAACGUUGAUGUCCCUUUGUUGGAUAUAUAGACUACAGAAAUACGUGCCACUCGGUCUUUGUUGGUUCUGAAUCUUCCUGAAGUGUACUGACAUUUGGGCUGCACACAGCCCCACACCUUCACUUUCACCUCCUCUUCUAGAAUUGCUUUGCUCUAUUUUUGUAUAUAUAAAUAUGUUAUGAUGAUUAUUAAUAAUGUUAAUGAUAUUGCUGCAAAUGGUGCCAUAUAUAAAGUUUGGCUUCUUGGAACAUUUAUAAACCCAAACCAAUACUUGUAACCUCUUAAGUUGCUUUCAGAUCCUUCAAUUUUAAGUAAUUUUUUUUUAAUCUCACAAGUCUGCCUGAUUGAACUUUGAAUUUAUCUACCCCUAAAAGCUGUGCCCAGUUCUCUGGGCCAAGCUGGAUGGUGAUGAGUAGCAACACACACUUCUCCCUGCUUCUGCCUGAAAUUUGCUUAGAGCCAAGAUAUAUAAGGAUUCUAUGACACUAGUGCAUUGUUCCUGGAGCUAAAGUUAUUCUAUGGAUGUUUGCUUAAUAGUUUCAGGGCCCCAAAUAACACAAGUCCCUCCUCCUUGAUAGCUCCUUGAUAACCCAAUCCUGCAGUCCUUACUCAGGCAAAUUGUACACUGCCAGAAGGGCUCUGGGCUCUGCCAUAUACCCAGAUGAGCUCUUCUCAGUGGAUUUCUAAAUGGCCUUACACUUGGUAGAAGAAACUGAAGGGUUACUCAAAUGUAGUUGCAAUGUGCAAUCUGCUGCUGAGUCAGGGCUUUCACUUGUGUCCAAGUUGGCCUGAUAUGGACUGCAUCUGGUUUACGUAUAGAUGGGUCCUGUUGGGGUAUGCGCAUGGACGUGGGAGUGAGUGUGCAUAUGUAUCCCUUCUGUGAGAUUAUAUAUAUAUAUAUAUAUAUACAUAUAUAUAUAUAUAUAUUUGUAAAUAUAUAUUCACACAUCUCUAUAUAUUUUAAUGUAUUGCACAUGUAUAUUUAAAAUAUAUACGAAAGAACUCUAA